GUGCCGGCAUAGCUUGGUUGCGGCAACACCGGCUUACAUAGGGCGGAGUGCGGCGUGUCCUUGGGCUCAGACGCCGGGCGGUGCAGGGUGUAUCGGUGUUGUGGUUACCGUUGUGGGUGAAGCGUCAGCAGGGCAGCUGGACAGGCAGUACUGAAAAUGGGAGAUAUCGAGAAGGGCAAGAAGAUAUUUGUCCAGAAAUGUUCCCAGUGCCAUACAGUUGAAAAGGGGGGCAAGCACAAGACUGGUCCCAACCUGAAUGGCCUGUUUGGACGCAAGACUGGCCAGGCUGAGGGCUUCUCUUACACGGAUGCUAAUAAGAACAAAGGCAUCACCUGGGGUGAGGAUACUCUGAUGGAGUAUUUGGAAAAUCCAAAGAAGUAUAUCCCAGGAACAAAGAUGAUUUUUGCGGGUAUUAAGAAGAAGUCUGAGAGACAAGACUUAAUAGCAUACCUCAAAUCUGCCACUGCGAAGUAAAAGUUAUCUGCUGCCUUAUUUAUUUCACAAAGGAGAUGGCUAUGGAAAUGUCCUGUGAUGAGAUUGGUUUUUAAACUUUCUAUUUUUACAUGUAUUGCAUCUAACCUUAAGAUCUGUCUCACCCAUCAGGUUACACUGCUUCCGGUGGGUCGCUGGAGUACACACUUGUUUGGCAGCCAUUAACUGAAACUAUGUAAUCCGGUUGACUUAAAUAACUGUGUUGUUCAGUCAUUCUUGAUCAUAAAAUUAAAACCAGAUAAAAGAAACAUUUCCUGCCUCUUCAUUGGUUAAAAAAGAACUGUAAACAAUCAAGUGAAUUAUUGUCAGCGUCAUAAAUAGCUUUGGCAGCCCAGCUCUUCCAGACUGAAAAAGCAAGGUGGUUUUUGUCCUCUUCCACCGUGUUCUAUUACAUUGCUUCAGAGGCUUUAAAAAUCCCCUAUAUAAUAUUUUUCUAAAUUUAAUCAGUGCUAGAUGCUGUGGUAUAUACUAAUUUGACUAAAGAUUGCAGUAAGGAUGCAUUUCAUCUGACUUAUGUACUGUUUGUGAAGUGGCAGUUAUGCCCAACCACUUUUCUUUUGUCUAGGGAAAGCAUGUUACCUAAUUUAUCCAGUCUUUGACAGCUGCAUGCACCAGUAGAGCACAGCACCCCUCUGGAAACAUCUUCAUUUCAGUGUCACUGAAACCCUUUGUUUAGUAAAUCUGAACUCAGCCAUUCUUGGUGUAAUGACUAGAACAGAAAAACAUCUUGUUCUGGACAUACAUGUGCUAAAGACCAAGCUGUGAGGUACUGAAUCUUCUCAAUUCAGCAGAAGCGUUCACCUAAAAUCUACUGUUACAGGCAGUUUCAGAUGAAGGGGGUGCAGGAAUGAAUGUGCUGGUAAGCUAAAAGGAAAUGGUCUUCAUGUGUGCCUGGCUGUAGCCAGUGUCCUAACUUCUGAAAGUUCUGUUCUGCACAAUGUAAAGCAGUAUUUUUAAUGUUUUAACUUGCAUUAUUUUGGUGGGUUUUUUUUCCAUACUAAGUGACUUGUUCAGAUGAUUGUAUUUACUGUGUACCAACAGUAAGGCAUAACUUGGAGCAAUCAGUACUGUAAAUUAAAUAAAAU